AUGGAAGAGCCUCCCGAAGAGGGUCCCGCAGAAUCCUUGGCACCUGAAAGCACAGCCAAGUCCCCGGAUGACAACCACACAGAUGGCGAGGAAGACAACUGGCAGAACCAGGAUGAAGAAGAGGUAGAUGACCAGACUGAUCCCAGAACGGCUGAGCAGGUUGCCCAAAGAAUGUCCGGACAGACUGACCACAAAGGAUCUGAACCCACUGGGCGCCAAACAUCUGAUCAGGCUGAUCUCAGAGCCUCCGACCACGCUAAUGUUGCUCAGCGUAGUACAUCUGAUCAGGACGACCAAAGCAUGUAUGAACAGACAGACAGCAGGACAUCUAGCCAAGCCAGUCAUGUACAGUCUGAAGAGACUGACAGCCAGAUGUUUCCUCCACGUGAACAAAGAACUUCUGAACAGAUUGAACGCAGACGGUCCAGCCAGGUUGAAGGAAGAGAUUAUGGGCAGACUGACCGCAGAAUGUCCGACCAGACUGAGCCAAGAGCUUAUGGGCAGAGUAAUCGUAGAUUGUCUAGCCAGUCGGAAAGAAGAACUUCUGAACAGAUUGACGGUGGAUUGUCGGUCUCAUCCGAACAAGGAGCCUCUGAACAGAUUGGCCGCAGAAUGUCCAGCCAGACUAACAAAAGAACUUCUGAACAGAUUGACAGCAGGUUGUCUGGCCUGGUUGAACGAAGAACUUCUGAAAAGACUGGUCACCAAGUUGACCCCAUAACAUCUCUAAAGACUCAGCAAAAAGUGGAUGAGGAAGCUGCUGAAGGAGCUGAGCAGCAAGCUGACAGCAGUGCUGAUCACCUUCCCGUGGACAAGGCUGACUACAGUGACCAGAUGGAUCACUUAUUGGCUGAAGAGAAUUCCUACAAAGACUACCUCGCUGACUAUGGAGCACCUGGCCAGUAUGACGACAGAAUAUUUGCCCAAUUUGGUGACAUUAAGGGGUACAGAGAGGCUGAGCCCAGAAUAGAACCCUGCGAAUUUGAGACCAGAGAAAUCGACGGCAACAAUUCCCCAGUUUCAGUGGAAACAGACACGGAAAGUGCGACCAACGUGCGAGUGUUUGACUCAUUUGGUGCCAGAUUCAACAGUAAUUUGCAAGCAAAAGACCAAGUCUAUUCCCAGAGAUUCCCCUGUAUCUCAUCCAAGUUGGACUAUAUCAUCGGUCGAGAAAAAACUGAAGCCAUCGAAACCAAGCCUGAUGAUAUUCCAGAAUACCAAGAAGGAAGGAAAUCUUUUGGAUACAAUCAAACUUACAGGAGGCAGUUCCCUCCCAUUGUAUAUGAAGAUCCUUAUCAAGUUUCACUACGAUACAUGGAGAAGCACCACAUUCUGCAAAUAUUCCAGCAGAUCACUGAAAACUUAGUCUGUGAAAAACCAGAGGACCCCCUCAGUUUUAUGCUGUGCCAGGUACAGGAAAUGAUAGAAAGCAGAGACAAAAGUGAAACCUACAAAGAAUGAAUUUCUCCUCAACAUUGUUUACAACCCUCAGUAUCAACACUAUGUUCUGUCUCUCACUCCAAAAAAUGAUUUUUGAAUGGUCAUUGGUAGUGACUCUGCCUAAAUAUGUUCUUAAUUUUUAAGUAAAAAUCUAUAGGGUAUCUACUUCAAAAAUUCACAUGAUAGUUAACAGAUAUCUCUGACUAAUCAUACAAAAUAUAUACAUGUUUUACUUAUCCAUGCAUUGGUAUUUCAGUACUCACUCCUCCAAAGCACUGCACAAUAGUUAGUUUACAAAUCUCAAGGAGGAUCAAGAAAAGAAUAUGAACAAUUUAUACAUAGGUCUCAUAAAGCAUACAAAUCUAUCAUAUCUCCAAGCUGUUUAUAAAAUUUUCAAUCAGAAAAUAUGUGGAAAAUAAUUUUUAACAGCCCUUUCUUCCCCUCUCUUAAUGGAAGGUGAUUGUCGUAAUCUCUUUUUUCUUGUCUUUUAAUACCUCCAACAUAUUUUUACUAUUUUCCUCUUUGAUCCUGCCUGUUAUAUUCUGCUAUUAGUAGAGGGGAUUUAAUCUAAUCCUAGGGAUAGCUCUCUUCUGAUUUUUAACCUACAGCAAAAUUCAAACACAUUAUACUACUGUGUACACACCUGUAGGAGAGGCAGAAUCACACUUCCUCAUUACCUUUAUCCCCUGAGGAGUAUCGACAUUGUAUGGACUGUGUAACCAGUGGAACUGGUAUUUAAAAGCAAAAAGCCUUAACAUGGUCUGUCUGGUAUGAGAGUAUCUGCCCAGCAAUCAUAACUGAGAUGAUCAUCUAAUACUAUUUUUGGAAGC